GUUUUGAGGUGGUCAGUCCCUCAGUCUGGAGAAGAGCAUUGUUCCUGUCGGUAUUUUAUACCAUUUCAACGUUCACUCAGGGACACCGGCGGGCAGGGUUCGAUACGGUCUAAACUGUCAGUUGCCCUAAAGCCCCAACAAACACAGUGAACACUGAAGACUUGUAGUUGAGCUAUGGGUUUGCGAGGCCGUAGUCGUCACAGGGAGCUCAACACACUGACAUGCUUAGUCAUGGGCCUCACCGGAUGGAAAACUACUGUUGAGUUGCACAACGAUGCAUUCGUCGCUGGGUUGAUUACAGACGUUGAUGUGAAAAUGAACAUGGAAAUGACAAAUGCAAGAUACACUGAUGGAAAUGGAAAAACCGUGAUUUUAGAAAAUUUUCAUGUCAUGGGCAGAAAGAUUCGCUAUGUACACAUACCUGAUACGAUUGAUAUUAUGGAGUUAAUCAAGACCAGAGUCACUAUUUCAGCUCCUAAAAAAAAGAUGAGCGUGAAGGGUCAUAUUGCCCAGAAGAGAACAGAGCAGACCUUAAAAAGAUACAGAAGAGAGCAAGAGUCUCUGGGUACAGUGCAGCAAGAGCCUCAAGGUACAGUGCAGCAAGUCUCUCUGGGCACAGUGCAGGAUGAUCAAAAUCAAACUGGUACAUCCAAAGAAAAAAGAACAAAUUGACUUUCAUUAUAGUUCAGAAACUGUACUUUGCCUGUCCAUGGAGCUAUUUCUUGGUAAUGAAAUACAUACUGUUAAGCUACAGUGGAUUAAUUGCCUUCCUGAAACUUUCGGUUGAAACUGAAUGUCAUAUGGUUAUAUAAGAUACUCGUUAAUUAAGCAUUAAUUAAAGAACUGCUGGCUUAGCGCUUCUUUUUGAUUAUAAUAAUAAUAAUUAAAGAACUGCACACAACUUAAGGUACAAAACAUUUUCUAAGUAAAGAAAUGUAAAUGAAAGAAAUAUUUACGGUAAAAUUAAAAUGUAUACACCUUACAGUAUUUUGGACAAUUUUGUUGUGCUCAAGAAUGGAAGAGUACAGCAUGUAAUGUAAGUGUGAGCACAUUAAGUGUAAUAAAUAUUAAUAAAAAUCUAAA